AUGUCCGACGAAGCCAUUGUUGCUUCGGUUGUCGAAGGGUCGCCAAAUGAUAGUGACGAGGACGAGAUGGAAAGCGACAACACGGGUGAUCCAGAUCCGACAGUGGCCGAAGCUGUGCAUUGCGCCCACGUCAUGCGGGUAUUUGCCGAGAAAAGGGCUCUGGCAGAGAAGCUGACUCACAGCAUAAGUAUCCCACUGGCAUCAACAAAGGGGCCUGAACAGUCUCUGGGGCCCGGAACAGGAUCCCCGGCCAAAGCUCUGCGGCACCAGUGUCGCUUCUGUCCGUACGCAACGCAGCACCGAGGCAGCCUGGUGCUGCACGAGCGAGUGCACACGGGCGAGCGACCCUUUCGGUGUCACCUCUGCAGCCGCGGGUUCGCGCACCGCUCGCACUUGGUGUGCCACUAUCGCACACACACCAGAGAGCGACCCUACCAGUGCCCGCUGUGCCCGGCUGCAUUUUCGCAACGCAGCAACGUCAAGGUUCACUUGCGCACGCACCGCUUGCAUGUCACCAGCAGCUGA